UAAACAAGUCAUAAUUUGUGACAAAUUAAAAUCAUUCGAAAUUAUACGUAAAUUUUUAUAAUUAUAUUUUAAAAAUCAAAUCAUAUAAGAUGUGAAAAGUGUGGACGCGAUAAAUUACUCUUUUCUAGAGCCGUUAAGAAGUAUCCAACACGGAAAUGAAAGUGUAUCGAAGACAAUAAUAAACGCUGCUUGUUAGCAGUGCAGGAGCGAGACGUGACUCCUGAAUUCUCUAUUUCUUUUAAUUACAGAGUUAAUAGACCGUAAGAUAUACUUGGCAUAAGAAAAGUUUAUUGUAUUUUGGAAAUACCAAAUAAUUAAAAUGAAGGAAAUUUAUUCAAUAUACAACAAAAGUUCUUACACGGCUCAAGAAGAGAGUCCUUGUAAUGGCGUCGAAAACAUAACAAUCAUUGUUCAUAAGAAAAAGUAUAACAGUCAUAAAAAACGAAAAAAGAUUAAACCCUACCAAGAGCCUGCACAACUCGUUGCCGUUCUCUCGAGGUCUACAAUACCACCUAAGAGAAUCAAAUUGCAAAAACAUUCCAGUUUGCCAACGGUGAACCGCAAAAAGAAAAUAAAAUUGAAAGUCAGGAGUUCCGACAUAUUUCCUACCAAAAAUAAACACCCUUAUCGCUCUGACUUUAUAGUAAAUACAAUGUCAGAACGACGAACAUCAAAUUGUAUGAAUGCGUUUAAAAAUCCACUAACACAACCCCAGUGGCGAAUCUACAGAUGCCAACUGAACGCAAAGGAGGAGUCUUGUUGCUGCUCCUGCAACUCAGAUGCCAUGUUUGAAGUCAUGAAAAGCCUUUACGAUUGUUACAAAAAGAAAAACUGCGACAAUUGCAAUUGCAUCCUGUGCGGCCAUCUACCCAGAGAGGAGCGACGACUUGGUGAAUUGCGUAAGGUCUCCGGUCGGCCAUCGUCCAUCGCUGUGGCGACAGUCGCAGAAAAAGAAAGAAGAAAAGCCGAAGUUAAAAGAUUAGAAAAAGAAAUUGAAGGGAAACCACCCGAAGAAAAGCAGAAAAUUCUUGAGCAAGCUGCGAUGUCUGGCGCUCCUCUGCCCGAGGGAAAAUCACCAUCCGAAAAAGAAAUGAUAAAAACAAUCAGGACUAAACUUGGGUUACCGCAAGAACCGAAAUCUGCAGCUGAUCGCGAAAGAAUGCGCCAGGCCGAAGCCGCUGGCUUAAUUGUUCCACUUGAAGGUAAAACUCCAGCUGAAAAAGAAAAAAUACUCCGAACACAAGCGGAACUAGGAAUACCACUCCCAGAAGGGCGUACACCAUCCGAAAAAGCGCUUAUUGACAAGAUCAAAACAUCUUUACCAUCAGUAACUGCAGUGCAUCCAUCAAAACUAAAAAAAGCCAAAGAAGCUGGUUUUUUAACACCUUUAGAAGGCAAAGCUCCUGAACAAAAAGAAAGAAUACUUAAAGGCUUAGCUCAACAUGGUAUACCUCUGCCUGAAGGGAAAACUGCAUCAGAGAAAAAACUUAUCGAAAAAGUGCGAAGAGACGUGGGACUACCGCCUGAACCUAAAACCCCGUCAAUGAAGGAAAAGCACAGGAAAGCUGCUGCAGCAGGUCUGUUGGAGCCUUUAGAAGGGAAAACAGCAGCGCAAAAAGAAAAGAUUUUGACUGGGCAAGCUCAGCUUGGCUUACCUUUGCCGGAAGGUAGAACACCUUCUGAAAAAGCUUUGAUAGAAAAAAUUAAAGCUACUGUUAAACCUGCUCCAUCCAUUCCAACGGUUGGCGUACCAUCAGAGAAACUUCGUAAAGCCAAGGCUGCAGGGUUUUUAACACCACUAGAAGGUAAAACACCAGCACAGAAAGAAAAAAUACUUAAAGGUUUAGCCAAACAUGGGAUACCUCUUCCUGAAGGUAAAACUGCAUCGGAAAAAAAACUUAUUGAUAAAGUUCGAAAAGAUAUGGGUAUACCACCUGAACCUAAAACCCGUUCUAUGAAAGAAAAACAUAGAAUGGCUGCCGCAGCAGGCAUUCUGACACCAUUGGAAGGAAAAUCAGCAGCACAAAAGGAAAAAAUAUUAACUGCUCAAGCUGAACUUGGCUUACCUUUGCCUGAAGGAAGAACACCAUCCGAAAAAGCUAUAAUAGACAAAAUUAAGGCCACGGUCAAGCCUCAACCAUCUAUUAUGGUACCAUCAGAAAAAAUCCGCAAAGCCAGAGCUGCUGGACUAUUAACUCCCUUGUCGGGUAAAUCACCAGAACAAAAAGAAAAAAUACUCAAAGGCUUAGCAGGGCACGGAAUACCUCUUCCAGAGGGUAAGACAGCAUCUGAAAAAAAACUGAUUGAAAAAGUGCGUGCUGAUAUGGGUCUACCACCUGAGCCUAAAACUCCCACAGCAAAAGAAAACUACAAAAAAGCAAUAGCUGCUGGAUUCAUCACUCCCCUUGAAGGAAAAACACAAGCGCAAAAGGAAAAGAUACUUAAAGGGCAAGCUGAAAUGGGUUUGCCUUUACCAGAAGGACGAACACCGUCCGAGAAGGCUCUUAUAGCCAAAGUAAAAGCGACUACAAAACCCCCGUCAGAAAUAUUACCUGUUGCUGAAAGACUGAAGAAAGCUAGAGCUGCUGGUCUUCUCACACCUUUAACAGGAAAAACACCAACGCAAAAAGAAAACAUUAUAAAAGGUCUAGCAAUGCAAGGUCUUCCGCUUCCUGAGGCAAAAACGCCGUCGGAAAAAAAAAUAGUUGAAAAAUUACGCGCUGAUCUUGGUUUGCCGCCAGAACCAAAAACACCUGCGGAAAAAGACCGGUAUGAUAAAGCCCAAGCUGCAGGACUUAUAGUUCCAUUAGAGGGAAAGUCGCCCGCACAAAAAGAAAAAAUCCUAACUGAUAUAGCAAACAUGGGCCUUCCUCUUCCAGAGGGACGAACGCCAUCUGAAAAAGCACUUGUUUCUAAAGUAAAAGCUGCGCGUAGAGGACCACCGUUAGCUGGCGUUCCAUCUGAAAGGUUAAAAAAAGCAAAAGCCGCUGGGUUGAUAACCCCACUUGAAGGUAAAACUCCCGAGCAAAGAGAAGAUAUAAUUAAAGGAUUAGCAAUGCAUGGGAUUCCACUGCCUGAAGCACAAACAGCAUCCGAGAAGAAAUUGAUUGAUAAAGUACGUGGUGAAUUAGGACUUCCUCCUGAACCUAAAACAGCGGCAGAAAAAGAAAAAUAUGCGAAGGCUAUGGCUGCGGGUGUCAUAUUACCACUAGAAGGAAAAUCACCUGCAGAAAAAGAGAAAAUUUUAAAUGACAUGGCUGACAUGGGCCUAUCUCUUCCCGAAGGUCGCACACCUUCAGAGAAAGCAAUCGUUGCAAAGGUAAAAGCUGCCCCUAGACAUCCUAUGGUACACUCAGAAAAGUUACGAAAAGCUAGAGCAGCAGGGCUUAUGACGCCACUUGAAGGAAAAUCUCCAGCACAAAAAGAAAAAAUACUAAAAGGUUUAGCAAUGCACGGCAUCCCGUUACCAGAAGGAAAAACAUCAUCUGAAAAAAAGCUUGUCGACCAAGUACGCAAAGAUCUUGGCCUUCCACCAGAACCUAAAACUGCUGCAGAGAAAGAAAAUUAUGCAAGAGGUGUGGCAGCAGGAAUUAUUGUUCCACUAGAAGGGAAAACAGCAGCUCAAAAAAAGAAGAUAUUAAGUGACAUGGCAGAUGCGGGUAUACCUCUUCCAGAAGGUCGUACGCCAUCAGAAAAAGCGCUCGUUGCAAAAGUAAAAGCAGCUCCUAGAGCACCUCCUAUACCAUCGGAAAGGCUUAAAAAAGCUAAAGCAGCUGGACUUUUAACUCCUCUAGAAGGCAAAUCUCCAGCCCAGAAAGAAAAAAUUUUAAAAGGUCUAGCUAUGCAUGGCAUACCGUUACCUGAAGGGCAUACUUCUUCAGAUAAGAAACUCGUAGAAAAAGUUCGUGGCGAACUAGGUCUCCCACCAGAACCAAAAACUUCAGAAGAAAGAGUAAAUUUUGCCAAAGCAAUGGCAGCAGGAGUUAUUGUACCGUUGGAAGGAAAAACUCCCGCAGAAAAGGAAAAAAUUCUUACUGAUAUGGCAGACAUGGGCGUUCCGUUACCAGAAGGACGAACAGCUUCUGAGAAAGCACUUGUCGCUAAAGUUAAAGCAGCUCCCAGAGCUCCACGAAUACCAUCAGAAAAGCUGAAAAAAGCUAAAGCUGCCGGUUUGUUAACUCCACUUGAAGGUAAAUCUCCUGCACAGAAAGAAAAAAUCAUAAAAGGUUUAGCCAUGCAUGGUAUACCUCUGCCAGAAGGAAAAACAGCAUCAGAAAAAAAACUUAUUAACAAAGUCCGUGGCCAACUCGGUCUACCGCCUGAACCCAAAACACCGUCCGAAAAAGAAAAAUUUGCAAAAGCGCAUGCUGCUGGCCUUAUAGUACCCUUAGAAGGAAAAUCGCCUGCAGAGAAAGAGAAAAUCUUGCGAGGUAUGGCAGAUAUGGGUAUUCCCCUUCCUGUCGGAAGAACACCAUCUGAGAAAGCACUCGUAGCAAGGGUGAAAGCCGCUCCCAGAGCGUUAUCUAUUUUAGGACCACCUUCAGAAAGGCUAAGAAAAGCCAAAGCGGCAGGAUUAGUAACUCCACUGGAAGGAAAAACACCUGAACAAAAAGAAAAAAUUGUGAAGGGUUUAGCGAUGCACGGCGUACCACUACCUGAAGCCAAAACACCCUCUGAAAAAAAAAUGUUUGAAAAAUUACGCACUGACCUCGGUCUUCCACCAGAACCAAAGACACCCGAAGAUAAAGAAAAUUAUGCGCGUGCUCAAGCUGCAGGUCUCAUUGUGCCCUUAGAAGGUAAAACCCCAGCUCAAAAAGAAAAAAUUUUGAAAGGAAUGGUUCAUAUGGGCGUGCCGCUUCCUGCAGGACGUACGCCAUCGGAGAAAUCGCUUAUCGCGAGAGUUAAGGCCGCAGCAAGAGCGCCUUCGUUAGCUGGAGUUCCUUCAGAAAAACUCCGAAAAGCAAGAGCAGCUGGAUUACUUACUCCACUGGAAGGUAAAACACCAGAUCAAAAGGAAAAAAUACUUAAAGGGCUAGCAAUGCACGGUGUUCCUCUUCCUACAGCUAAAACACCGGCUGAGAAAAAAAUAAUGGAUAAAGUGCGCGCUGAUCUUGGUCUACCACCAACACCCAAAACAGCAGCAGAUAAGGAAAGAUAUGGCAAAGCGGCUGCUGCAGGUAUUUUAGUACCACUAGAAGGCAAGACUCCACAGGAAAAAGAAAAGAUUCUUAGAGCUCAAGCUGAAAUGGGAAUACCGCUUCCAGAAGGGCGGACGCCAUCUGAAAAAGCUAUGAUCCAAACUAUAAAAGCAACUGUCCCGAAGAGAAAAUCUAUUAGGCCUGUGUUGCCACCUGACGAAGCAAAAAAGUUAGAGGAAAAAACUGCAAAAGUCAUAACAGAAGGUGAAGGACCCAGUGACGAAUGUAUUUGUGAUAUUUUAACACCAGAAUCUGAAAGACGAGUGUCAAGACCACCAGUGAGAAUUACAUCUGAAAAACUAAGAGCCGCUAAAGCAGCAGGUCUACUAACUCCCUUGGAAGGAAAAACGCCUGAACAAAAAGAAAAAAUUAUGAAGGGAUUAGCUAAGCAUGGAUUACCAUUACCAGAAGGCAAAACGGCUUCAGAAAAGAAACUUGUAGAAAAAGUUCGAGCAGAUUUGGGACUUCCACCAGAACCGAAAACAGCAACCCUUAAAGACAGAUAUGCGAAAGCACAAGCUACUGGCCUUAUUACACCAUUAGAAGGUAAAUCUCAUGCACAAAAAGAAAAAAUAUUAAGAGGUCAAGCGGAACUAGGUUUGCCAUUGCCAGAAGGAAGAACUCCAUCAGAGAAAGCGCUAAUAAACAAAGUUAGAGCUACAGUUGGACUUCCUCCGUCAGCUAUAACAAUACCUUCCGAAAAGUUGCGAAAAGCGAGAGCAGCUGGGUUAUUGACGCCGCUUGAAGGGAAAACGCCACAACAAAAAGAAAGGAUUUUGAAAGGCAGAGUCGCGGCUGGCCUACCAUUACCUGAAGGCAUAACUGCAUCAGAUAAGAAAUUAAUAAAAAAAGUUAAAGCUGAAACCGGUUACAUAACACCAAUCGGUAAAACACCAUCUGAAAAGGAAAUUUUAAAAAAAGCACAAGCUGCUGGUUUACUCACUCCUUUAGAAGGAAAAUCAAAAGCACAGAAAAAGAAAAUAAUUCAAGAAAGAAUCGCUGCAGGAUUACCAAUUCCCGAAGGAGCUACACCAUCUGACAAAGAUAUGAUAAAAAAAUUGGUGGCAGCUGCACCACCGCCAAGUCUUGAAGGCAAAAGUCCGGCAGAAAAAGAGAAAAUUUUAAGAAGCUUAGCAAGACAAGGACGCUCGCUACCGGAAGGAAAGACUCCAUCAGAGAAAGCAAUAAUUCAGAAAGUUCGUGCCGAUAUAGGGCUACGUCCUCCGUACAGUGGCUUACCGUCAGAAAAAAUUAGAAAAGCGAAAGCAGCUGGUCUGUUGACGCCACUAGAAGGUAAAACACCUGCACAAAAAGAGAAAAUUCUGAAAGGUCUUGCGAAAGCUGGUAUACCUCUUCCGGAGGGAAAAACGGAUUCAGAAAAAAAAUUGAUACAUAAAGUCCGAGAUGAAGUUGGUUUGCCGCCAGAACCAAAAACUCCGUCUAUGCGGGAAAAGCAUAGACAAGCUUAUGCAGACGGAAUUAUGACACCAUUGGAAGGCAAGCCCCCUGCUGAGAAGGAAAAGAUAUUAAAACGAAUGCAUGAUGCUGGCAUAACGUUGCCAGAAGGAAAAACACCAUCCGAAAAAGAACUGGUACGUAAGGUACGUGCUAUGCCGCGAGCACCAUCUAUGAGAAUACCAUCGGCAAAGUUAAAAGCUGCUAAAGCUGCCGGUUUGCUCACUCCAAUUGAAGGCAAACCUCCUGCCGAAAAGGAAAGAAUAAUUAGAGGAUUAGCAGAAUCGGGCUUGCCAUUACCAGAAGGUAAAACAAAAUCAGAAAAGUCCAUGAUCAAAAAAAUAAAGACUGAAUAUGGCAUACCAGCUGCACCCACGACUCCAUCAGAACAAGAAGUUUUGCAAAAAGCAAAAGCUGCGGGGUUGUUAACACCACUUUCUGGUAAAACACCAGCUGAGAAAGAAAGAAUACUCAAAGGCUUAGCUGAUGCUGGUCUACCUCUGCCUAUGGGAAAAACUCCAUCGGAAAAAGCGCUAGUCAAAAAAGUUCGAGAAGCAUCAGGAUUACCUGCAGAGCCCACACCGUCGGAAAAAGCUGGAAAAAUAAGGAAACUAAAAAAGGUUAGGCCUGCGGGGAUAACCGAAGAACUCGAGGAAAUAACGAAAACUACUGUUUGUGAAAAAGCCUGUGGUUGCGACAAAAAGAAGAUUAGAUUUAAACAUAGCUACGUCAAAAUUAGAGUCACAUCUCCAGAUAUUUCCUCUCUAUGCCCGUGUCCCGAUGAAUGUGUUCCAGGAGUUAAACACGGGGUAUUUACUGAUAAUGAAGGGAUUAAGGUUACUGUUGGGAGCGCCCUUGGCGUACCUUUAUAUCUACAAGAAACACCCAGCAAGAUUCCCAACUCUCUAUACUUUAACCAACGUUACCAUUCUUCAAACUCAAUUGACAGCUUCAUAUCUUCAUCUAAAGAAGAGCAGGAUAAAGCUCCAAAGCUACAUAAAGAAAUUAAAAGUAUAUUCCAUAGUCCAGUGUACUCGAAUAACUCGACGGAGAGCGUCCAACAUAAACCUAAAAACCUUUAUAAUGACAAAAGUAAAUCCUGCAUUUACGAUUAUACAUACCAGCUGAAAUCUAAGCUAUUGGAUGAACACGCUAAAAACAAUUGGAACACUUCUGAGACUAUAAACAGCUUUAGGUCCGUGGAAUCUAGUUCAUCCGAUUCGAACAUCUGUUUAAAAACUACGGAGUCUAGUUUUGACUCGAUAUUAAUUAUCAAAACCGAGUCAUCGUUGAGUCUUUCGUCGAGUGUUGAUGAUAUUGCCACUAUCAGCGUCAUAUCUAUAGACGAGACCAGCAAUCCCUCUCGAUGCAGUCAUUACUUGUGCUACUCACAAUCUGACACUAACUAUAGCAACGACAGUUUUGAAGAGAGUGAAUACCUUCGAAAAUUAGUUGAAUACAGCAAAGAACUGGAAACCAGUAACAGAAACAUUUACAAACACACAGGAAGAACUGGCCAUCGUAAAUUAAGUGACAUAGUUAUAUUCAGAAUGUCUCAUUCAAACGUGAAAGCUAGUGACAAAGAUUCACACAAGAAGGCAGAAUCACACAAGGAUCCUAUAGUUGUAAUAAGUUAUCUAAAUAGCGAUCAGGACGUUACCGGUUUGGUGGACGAGAUCAUCUCGCAAAAGCUCGUGUCCGAUACGUCGUCGAUCUUCGUGGUUGUGCCGACGACUGAUAAGGACCCAGCCGAGACUCGAUUUAGCUCUACGAUAUGCAUCGAGAUGUCUGAAUAUGCACAUAAAUGGAACAAUGGAGUCAUUAUACGAGAUGUCUAUCAACCAAACAACAGAAUAACAACACAGGGAUUCAAAAUCUCGUCGAAAGGGAAAAGACAUACAAUUCGGGAAAACUCUCAAGAUAAAGUGUGUCAAGCCAAACUGAAGAGAAAGGUGAACUGCCGCGUUGCGAGCAUGGACACCACGUCCGACAGGCCUUGCUGUUGUCCUGUGAACGGCGACGAGUCAUCGAGACUUCGCACAGAGUUGCACUGCGUAGCCAGUGUUGUCUCGGAAGUUAUCACACCCCUUAUUGCUAAGCAGGGAGUAGCACAAGGUCUUAGUCACGAAGCCUACGCCAACGCCCCAAGGAUGAACCUGAGUAUCAAACCAUCCCGACGAGUCCCGAGGGAUCCUACGCCGGUCAGACACUGCAUUGUACCGAGCUGCUCGGGGCACAACACCUGUCAUGACGUGUCUAGGUUCGGACGGAAGGCGGCACCGCCUACGUAUCACAAUCAGUCAUGCGGCCCUGAAGAGCCGAAUGUGUCUCACGAUAAGAGAGGGUUUUGUCUUGUUUCACCUCCAACACCUAAAAUAAGGACGCAACCCGCAGCUUGUGGACUGGACAGCUUGCCGGUCAUCACGCCGAGAAUUCGUCCGUCUUGGGGCACCUGCGGGACGUGCGGUUCGUGCGGCCAGCCCACCAUGGUCAAGGGCAAACUGGUGAAUUGCCCGUGUAAAGGGAACGAGAAGAAACCGAAAAUUCUACUGCCACGCGACUGUGGAGAGCCCACGCCACCCUGUGUCACUGACACUAUCGAAGACACCAAAUCCGUCAGCUGCCAAUGUUGUUUCUGUGAAGAAGAACCAGUUACGUGCCCACCGCCACCCUGUGAAGCGCCCAAACCGAUCAUCAAAUGCCCAAUACCAAUGUCGUGUGAAGAACCAAAACCAAUUGUUAUCACAUGCCCGCCACCACCACCUCCUUGUGCAGAGCCAAAACCAAUCGCAAUUUGUCCACCUCCUACUCCAUGUGGAGAGCCAAAAUCAAUUAUCAAAUGUAAAAAAUCAAUUCCCUGUGGAGGUAAAAAACAAACUAUCACGUUCCAACCCCCAAUUCCACUGCCAGAGUCGCCUAGAAAACCUUGUCUGUGCAGUGACAAAAAGAAAAGAAAGAAGGUUAUAUGCGAAUGUCCACAGGUUGAAGAGUUGCCACCUGAAGAAGAAGAAAUACCGGAACCUGAACCGCCGAGCGAGAGAGAGAUAUUAAAAAUGAAGUCCGACUUGACGCAAACCACAUCUGGUUUUAAACUACAUAAAAAGGGAAAGCCGCCACCUGAGGAGCAAUUGAGUUUUGAAGAAGCGUUAAGUUAUUAUAAAGCGUUCGCUGAACUGGAAACCCUUGACAAGGAGAGUUGCACUUGUGAUGACUCUCCUCCGCCAAAAAAAGAGGUUGAAUGUGAAUGUCCGGAGCAGAUUGAAUAUUAUGAGCCUUCGCUAUCGUUACACGAAACUAUAGCAGAAGAACAAUUGAAAGGGUUAAAAUUCGCCAUAGGAGGCAAAGGUUCAGGUUCAAAAGGCCUUGACGGGAUUUGCUGUUUUGAUAUGAUUCAACAGGAUUCAGCAAACCAUAAUUUUAGUAAAUUAUUCAUCACCACGCCAUCUAUUGAAGUUACACAGAACUAGUUGAUAAAUUAUUUUGUAUACAAUAAUUAUCCUUGUGUUCAUAAUAAUUGUCUGUCCAUUUUGUUAUCGUGAUUAUUAUACAAAUAGUUAUUAUUAAAAAGCUAUGAAAAUUUUAUUAAUUAAAUCAUUUCAUAUGAAAAU